AUGGAUCGCGCCAGGAAGCGCGAACUGCGCGCUACAAACGAGCGAGUAUGGGCUGGCGAGGCAAAUCUCUACCAGGUCAACGGCUCUCUCGACUCCUCUCUCAAGAAAAAUACCGCAUUUAUUAAGCGACUCCGUACCGCAAUCACCGCCUCUACCCUGAGCACAUUUCUCCAGGAAAUUCGCACUCUCAGCCUCCACAAAUACCUCUCCGAGAUAAUAUCCGCCUUUUACGAGGGCCUCUGCAAGCUCAAGACACCUGGCGAGGUCGAUGCCGGCGCCGAGAUUGCUAGUGCUUUGCACCAACGGUUUGGCCCUGCCGAGUUUACGGAGCACCUCAGUUGGCUUCUGGGUCGGGGUAUGGCGACGCCGGAAAAGAGUGCGCUCAAGGCUCUCCCCCAGGAAGUUCGCGAAAAGGAGGAAAAGGAGCGCCUUACGAGACAGAGAGCGUUACUGCGAGUUGUUACUGAGCUUUGGCUGCUUGGUGUCCUGCGAACCCUAGACGAUGCCGUAAAGCCCGACGAUGCGACAAAAGCGGUAGCCUCGAAAUCGGCUGAAAUCAAACCCCGCGCCAGCGCAAAGAAUGGCACAUCUGCCGAGCCGUUUCCGCUAGAGGUCCUUAAAGAUCUCCUCGGCUAUGAUCGCGAGCAUACCAACCUUCCUUUGCUCGUCAUCUUUGUCAAGGCUUUUAGCUGGGAUGUUCUUGGUGUUAAGCCUACCAAUGCUGACGGCAGAAAAACGAUUGAAGAAGACGGUGCCGCAGUAGAGCCCAUACAGUCCACCACAGAUGCUGAAGGUGGUGGAUUGGACCAGCCUUUCACGCCGCCAGAGCUGUCGGAAAAAUUCAAAAACAUAUUGAAAAAGUAUUUCGAGGACGUCAAAAACCACAUUGUCCGCGACCAAAAGUCUAUACACUCGCAGGCUCGUCGCAAUGCGGAGGCAUAUGUCAAAAGUGGCGAAGUAUUUGAGGACCGACAAGCAAACUACGAGAAACAGGUCAAGGCUCAAGAUCGACUUGUCUCAAACGCUCAGGUCAUUGCCGACGCUAUUGGCGCCGAGAUGCCUGAUCUGAAAGAUUCGGAGGAUUCACUGAACGCCUCUGGUGCUGGGAUCGGCCUUGUAAAGACGGGAGAGUAUCUGCGCUCUUCUGGCGAGGGAUCGGGUAUCUGGGACGACGAUGAAGAGCGACGCUUCUACGAAAACCUUGUCGACUUAAAGGGCAAAGUUCCAUCCAUGUUGCUGGAGGAUGGCAAAAAGAAAAAGGCAGACGGCGAAGAUCAAGUUGGCAAAAAAGUGGAUGAAUUGGAAGCUGUUGCCGCUGUGGAUCCGGCCGAAGAGCAGUCUAUGGCCAUUGCAAACAAGACAAUCGGUGCACAAGUCGAUGCCGUUCUUGCCCGGCUGCCAGAACUAACAAGUAAAGAAACUAUUGAUCAGAUGGCAAUCGACUUUUGCUAUCUUAACUCCAAAGCCUCUCGCAAUCGACUUGUCAAAGCGCUCACCGAGGUGCCCAAGGGUAGAGGAGACUUGCUUCCAUCCUGGUCCCGACUUGUCGCCACCUUAGGUCGCUACAUGCCAGAUGUGCCCAAGGGUCUCGUGGACUACCUGGAUGCGGAGUUUCGAAGCUUGCAGCGCAGGAAGGAAAAGGACUUUCUCGGCCAGGUCCGUCUUGGCAACAUCCGCUAUCUCGCUGAGCUCACCAAAUUCGGCGUGGUGCCCGAGCAUGUCGUCUUCCACUGCCUCAAAGUCAGUCUCGAUGACUUUUCGCGAAUGAACAUCGAGAUUCUCUGUAAUCUCUUGGAGAACUGUGGCCGGUAUCUGCUCAAGACUCCGGAUACUGCUCCACGAAUGGUGAGCUUUUUGGAAACGCUUCAGCGCAAAAAGUCGGUUCAGCAUAUCGGUCAGCCGGAACGGAUGCUGAUUGACAACGCUGUCUAUUAUGUCGACCCACCCGAGCGUCCAGCUAUCGAACAGAAAGAGCGAACACCAAUGGAUCUCUUUAUCCGAAAGCUGGUCUACAAUGACAUGACAAAGAGAAAUUACAGCAAGAUUCUGAAGCAGAUUAGGCGUCUGCACUGGGAGGAAAGCGACGUUGUUGCCAUGCUCGAAAAAGUAUUUUCCAAGCCUGGCAAAGUUAAGUACGGCAACGUGCAUCUACUCGCCAUCCUGCUUAGCGCCCUCUAUCGCUAUCAUCCUGCCUUUGUUGUCAAAGUCAUAGACAAUGUCAUUGAGUCCAUUAUUUUUGGCCUCGAACAAAAUGACUUUCGAACAUUUCAGCGCAGAGUUGCGGAAGUCAAGUAUCUCAGUGAGCUGUACAACUAUCGCAUGCUGGAGCACCCCGUCAUCUUCGAUGCCAUGUACAAGAUUCUCACAUUUGGCUACGGCGGCGCUCCUGUACCUGGUCGCUUGAACUCGUUUGAUCCGCCUGAUGACUUCUUUCGCAUACGGCUCAUCUCGACUAUGUUGGAGACCUGUGGUGUCUUCUUCAAUCGUGGCGCUGCAGGCAAAAAGUUGGAUUACUUUCUUUCCUUCUUUCAAUACUAUGUCCACACAAAGAUUGCACUGCCGAUGGAUAUUGAUUUCAUCGUGCAAGACACUUUUGGUCUGACUCGCCCUCAGUGGAAGUUUGCUGCCAAUCUAGAAGAAGCCACAAAGGCCUUUCAAGAGGCUGUGGCCAUGGACCAGAAGUCUAGCGGCGCAGACAAGGCAAACGAUGCCGACGCGGACGACGCGACUAGUGGCGCUUCAUCCGACGACGAGCAUGGCGAUUUGGACGAGAUUGAGGGCGACGCUGAUGUGGAUGAAGACGAUGAUAGCCUUUCCGAAGACGAAGAUGACAUCAACGAACUAGCUGAAGAUUCGGAUGCCGAUAGUGAAGACUACGAUGAGGCUAUCGUUGUCACGAGACAGGAGGAAGCGAUUGAUCCGGAAGACGAGGCUGACUUUGAGCGAGAGUAUGCCAAGAUGAUGUCGGAUAGUCUUGAGUCGCGAAAGUUUGAGCGUAAGCAACAGUUUGAUGUGCCCCUUCCUGUGCGUCCCAAGGCUCGAGACCAUAGUGCUGGGGAAGGACAGCCUUUGCUGGAAAGCUCAGCGGCCCCAGCAAACAAGAUGGCAUUUUCUCUCCUGACAAAGAAGGGCAACCGUCAACAGACGCGUACUGUCGAAUUACCGUCUGAUUCUGCUUUUGCCCUCGCGAUGAAAUCGUCACAGCAAGCCGAGCGGGAGGAGCAGCAACGCAUCAAGAACCUGGUUUUGAACUAUGAUUUGCAGCAAAGUGACGACCAAGACAGUGGCGAGAAGCAAACAACAUUCUACCACAAUCGAGUUGAACGCUCAAGCAAGGAUCGAGGUCAGAGAGCUCGCAAACUGCAGUUAAGCGAUGUGGACUGGUAG